GGCUAGGGUUGUUUUCGCCCCGGCUGUAGUACCUGGCGCUCAGCUGCGGCUGCCUGUAGUGGUGGUUGGAGCUGGUGCAGGGAGAGGCGCUCGAGGCGGUAGGGAGCAAGGCGAGUCGGAGGGGAGCUGGGAGCAAGCGAGCGCGCCAGUGGUCCUCGGCUGCCGCGAUGUCAGCACAGUGCUGUGCGGGCCAGUUGGCCUGCUGCUGUGGGUCUGCUGGCUGCUCCCUCUGCUGUGACUUCUGCCCCAAGAUCCGACAGUCCCGGAGUACGCGCUUCAUGUAUGCACUCUACUUCAUUCUCGUCGUUGUCCUCUGCUGCAUCAUGAUGUCACCAACGGUGGCUAACAAGAUGAAAGAGCAUAUUCCUUUUUAUGAAGAUAUUUGUAAAGGCAUUAAAGCUGGCGACACCUGUGAGAAGCUGGUGGGGUAUUCUGCGGUGUAUAGAGUCUGUUUUGGAAUGGCCUGUUUCUUCUUCAUCUUCUGCCUCCUGACUUUGAAUAUCAACAACAGCAAAAGCUGCAGAGCUUAUAUUCACAACGGCUUUUGGUUCUUCAAGUUGCUGCUGUUGGGGGCCAUGUGCUCAGGAGCUUUCUUCAUUCCAGACCAGGAGACCUUUCUGAAUGCCUGGCGCUAUGUGGGAGCCGUCGGAGCCUUCCUCUUUAUUGGCAUCCAGCUCAUCCUGCUCGUGGAGUUUGCACAUAAAUGGAACAAGAACUGGACUGCAGGCACAGCUCACAACAAGCUGUGGUACGCCGCCCUGGCCCUGGUGACCCUCACCAUGUACUCCGUCGCCGCCGGAGGCUUGAUUUUGAUGGCACUGUUUUAUACACAGAGAGAUGGUUGCAUGGAAAACAAAAUCCUUCUGGGCGUAAACGGAGGCCUGUGUCUGCUUAUUUCAGUGGUAGCCAUCUCACCCUGUGUCCAAAAUCGACAGCCACACUCUGGGCUACUGCAGUCGGGUCUCAUAAGCUGCUAUGUCACGUAUCUUACUUUCUCAGCUCUGUCCAGCAAACCUGAAGAAGUAGUUCUGGAUAAACAUGGGAAGAACAUUACGAUCUGUGCGCCUGACUUUGGUCAGGACCUGUACAGAGACGAAAACUUGGUUACUGGACUGGGUACCACUCUUUUGUUUGGGUGCAUCUUAUAUUCAUGUUUGACUUCGACAACGAGAUCAAGUUCUGAUGCUCUGCAGGGGCGAUAUGCAGCCCCUGAACUGGAAGUAGCUCGGUGUUGCUUUUGCUUCAGUCCCUAUGGAGAAGACACUGAAGAGCAGCGGAACAUGAAAGAGGGACCAGGUGUCAUUUAUGAUGAAAAGAAAAGCACCGUCUACAGCUAUUCCUAUUUCCACUGUGUGUUCUUUUUGGCUUCCCUCUAUGUGAUGAUGACCGUCACCAACUGGUUCAACUAUGAAAGCGCCAACAUUGAAACCUUCUUCAGCGGAAACUGGUCCAUCUUCUGGGUCAAGAUGGCCUCCUGCUGGAUGUGUGUGCUCUUGUACCUGUGGACGCUGGUUGCACCCCUCUGCUGUCCUUCUCGUCAGUUCUACGUGUGAGGAUCUGAGCAGCGCCCGUGGGUCGGCAGGCCUGUAGGCUGACAGUGGCAUCCUUUGAACGAGUGUCCUAGGGGUCUGAGCAGUGGCUGGCGCUUUUCCAAAAGCUGGCCUCCCCUGGCUGGAGUGUGCUUGAAGAGGCUUUCCAAACAAAACAAAAUCACCUGAUUAGCUUUUUAAUUCUAAAAUUCAAAAAGAAACUACUGGAUUACCCCCAGAAGAAUGGACAUUUUCAACUAGGCUGAUCCUGAGUGGUAAUAUAUUUUUGUAUGUGUCUUGACCCUAAAAACUGGGAUAGUAGUUAGGCUAGUAUUUUUCUUCUGCAUGUUUUUACCAAAACGGAGUUUGGAGUAUGGCAUUUUCUCACAGAGAUAGACAUUGACCUUGUGUGGCCUAUCAUUCUUAUCCUUGGAAUGGGAAACAUACCCAAAUCUUGAGCCCGCAGGCCCUCCCCACACUUCGGCCUGCAUGGGCCUGCUCACAGCCCCCUGGCCAGUAGAGGGCACAAGAGGAAGCACCUGCUUUUAACGCCCUGUGUGCUGCUUCCUCCUGGCCCCCUUUGAAUCUGUGAUGCUGGGAAUCACAUCUGCCAUUUUCCUUCUCUACCCCUUCCCAUCCUUUCUGGGCUCAGCUUCUUCAUUCUAAUGUGAAAAAGCACAAUUCACUACCACCACCUGUGUGAUCUCCCACCGUCUUAUCUACACCUGAUCCAAGUUACUGCAAUAAUUAUGCCCCGUAUGUGUGGAGUUAUUCAUGUGAUUAUAGAACAAUAUUCAUGUUGUUUUCUUUGUCUAAAUGACGGAGAGCUGUAGUUCUUACUUGUUUGUAUUCACAGUAAUAAUACUCCAGGAACUUACCUGGAAAGUUGCUUCCUGGCUGAAGCCCACUGCACCCUCUUUCCGUUGUCACGGUCUGCCUCCCAGUUGCUCUUCCACCUCGAGGCCUUCGGACUGGCAAAGGCGGAGAGCUUUUGAUAUCCAGAUCUGUAAUGGGACUGCACUGUUAAUGCCCAUUAUGGUUUUUUGGAGUAGAUUUGCUGAGGUGAGGAGGACAGGAUCACAGGCAGCACCUCAAACAGGGCUGACAAGAUAAGACCUUGUUAUACAAGUUGUAAAAGUGACCAGAUAUACUUAGAAGGAAAGGUGGGUCGGGGGGGGGGGUAUUUAAUUAACUCAUAAAUAACAUCCACAUACUUAUAAAGUAAUGCUCAUGAGGUGUUGGACUUUGGGCAGCUGCCUGAGAAGAGGUCCAUUUUCAAUGCUGAUGUUCUCAGCCAGGAAAGCGUUGACUCAGUGGAAAGUCCAGUGGAGACACCGUGGGGACGCCCCUGUGAGUGUUUCAUGUGGGAUGGAAAGACUCCUCAGCCUCCCUGGCAGAGAGGGCCUGCGGCUGAGACUGCCCUGUGCCCUGCUGUACGUACCAGUUGGGCAGAAUUGGGUUCCCCAUAAGCUGGGCUCCCGUGUGCCAAAAUGCUGGCUUUCGAAAUUAGUCACAUUCUUUGUUUCUACUUUUUUUGCCCUCUUCCUAAGAAAACAAGGAAGGAAAACAAUGCAAUUGCUGAAUCCUCUAGGCACUUGCCUUAAUGACAGUGUCUUGAGAUUCAGUUUUUCAAAGCACUUGUGAAAAAAGAGUGGUUUUUUUUUUAGGCCAGGAGUUCUUUGUGCUGAGCAGUUGAAGGAUGAUCUGGAGUCGCACAAUGAAUGGCUGCAGCGGCCACGCAGCAAGCCAGUGGGAGUGAGCUUUGUGGAUGGAGACAGGCUAAGGGAGCAGGGCUGUCUGUGUAGCAGCAGCUCCCUGGCAGAGGGCCCUGCAGUGGCCACUAGGUGCAGGGACAAAGGGCUCUGAGGAAGUGAGAUUGGCUUUAGGAAUGACUACAAGGAGAGGCGGAUCAAGAGCUGGUGUUGUAUCAGCAACUACUUUUGUUAUGUUUUCUUCCUGUUAGAGGGGUCUGGUAGCCAGCUGUGUGACUUUAGAACUGGUCCUUACAGCAGGUCAAGGUCAAGCUGACAAGACCAUGUGUUCUUUGGCUGGUCUUUGCUGACCCCCUUUCCCUGCAGAAAGAAGCUCAGGGAAACGUAAAAGAAAGGACGUUGCUGCGGCACGGCCCUGGGAGCUUCCUUCCUUAGCCUGCCCAGCCAACCCACCGUUUCCAGAUGCUUAAGACGUGGUUGUGGCCUGAAGUUCCUGUCUAAAAUUUGGUCUAACACAGGAAGACUAGUUAUAGUCACCUGGUUUUUAUUCUCAUGCAAGUUUAUCUGAAUGAUCAAAAGAGAUAUUCUGAGAACUGGGCAUAUAAAUAAGUUGACAUAUUCUGAGAACUGGGCAUAUAAAUAAGUUGACUGUAGUGAUUAUCAAUUGUAAUAAACAAUACUCAGGUGAUGAGUCAACAUUCAAAUGUAGAUUUAAAGAACCUACAUUUUUGUGCUAUUGUGAUUUAAGAAACUGGAAAAAUUGUGCCAAUUGCUUUGAGUUGCUAUAAUGAUGCUGUUCAUUCGGUAAAUGCUUUUUUUUUUAAAUAAUGGACUUCAGCAUACUACAACAUUUUGUACAUGAUUUUUAAAAAAAAAAUGCAUUCCUAGAGGCUGCUGGUCAGAUUCCUUUAGUGAUGAAAGCUGAAAAAAUUUUUAAAACUCUGUGUGUAUGUUUCCUCUGCUGUUUGUCUGAUGUGGGGAAAACAAAUUCCCCUUUCAUUUCCAUAAGUAAAAAGACUAAGUGGGGGAAGGGGUGUGUUUUGGGAGUGUUGCUGUACACCUAGAGGCGUCACCUGACCGGAGACCAGAGACUUCGCUAUCAAAGCCUCUGACACUGUACUUUGUCCUUAUUGGAUCUUGCUUUGUUGGUUUUGCUUUUGUCCUCAGUUUCUUGGGAAAUAGCUUGAAAGCACUGGUCGCCAGAAGUAUUUGGAGCUCUUCUGCAGUGUAAUGAACUGCGUUCCUGUGGGCGGUGAGAGGGUAGCGUCCCUGGGACUUGGGGUCUGGUGCUCGUCAGGAAUGGCCAGCCGGGGUCUCCCACACCGAAUUGUUUAUUUCUGGCUCUUCAGAGGUCCCUUCAUUAUGGAAAACCUCUGUGUCAUGCUCAUUCCACCCACCCCAGCUGUCACCCUCUGCCUCUUAAAAUUAUGUGCUUAAUCUUGGCCAGAAGUUUACUACCAUUUGGUGCUUCAUUUAUCUGCAAAAAAGGGAAUUGCAGAGCCUGUAUUUAAGAUGCCUGGGUUUUUUCCUCCGUUGACUGCCUUUCUAAAUAGCCUCUCAUUUUGGUGUGCAUUUGUGUUCUACCCUCCUUUGAAAGGAAAGGGGUUAUCUGACAACUAAGAGGGGUGCGACCCUGGGCCGAGACCCUGUGUGCCCAGAGAGAACACUGGGCCUUCUUUAACCAGGGAAAGUACAGUAGCUACUUGGUUCACGGAAUUCUCCGUAGGACACUCUUCUUACUUUGCAGGUAGCACUUAACUCCCUCAGGCUUUGUUCUUAAGGCCACAGUGUUCCCUGCCAUCUUUAAUAUAAUUGUAAAGACUCAAACAUUUUAAUAUAGUGUUGCAUUUCAGGCAGAGAUGGACUCAAUAAUGUUAGACCUACUUCACAGGGCUAGAAAGCUAUUUAUUACACAGAUCUUCCAAACUAAGGCUAAACAUUCUCAAGAUCUUUCUCACUUUCUUAGGAAAUCAUUUGCAGAGGUAUUCAUUGGAGAUAUGUGAUUUUUACCAAAGGGGUUUUUUUUUUGUUUGUUUUUUUAAAAAUAAAAUCCUUUCAGCAAAAACUUAAUUGGGGAAGGGUAAAUUAAGAAUGCAUAUGUCUAAAUUCACUUCUGUAGGAGUUUAAUCAUAUUUAUGUGAGUAAAAUGAUGAAAGAAUUCUUAAAGGUAAUCCGUUGGCAUGAAGGAUCCUGGAAAAUUCUCUCAGAUAAAGAAAGCUGGUAGCAGAUGUGUAAUAUAUGUCUUGAGAGCUAUUUAUAAGAAAUUUAAGAGGAUUGUUUUGUUUUCCUUAAUUAAAGAUUUAAGGGUUUUUUUACUUUACAAAAAAGUCUACAAAAAUUUUAUAGCCAUAACUUUGUUAAUUUUUUAAACUUUCCUGAAACAACUGUAGCCAAAUUUUGUGGUUAUGUUUUGCAAUAUUAGAAUUUUGAAAAUGUAAUAUGUGUGGUAAAAAUCUACUGUUUGAAGUUUUUAAUAGUCUCAGAUAUGGUUAGAGUUUUGGUAACUUUUUAAGUAGCUUUUUUCCCCCCUGUAGUCACAGAAGCAACUGUGGAUUUAUAUUUGUUUUUUGAAUGCUAAUUAAUCUAUGAAGUGUCCGAGUUGACCAGUCUUUUCCUAUGUA